UUCUUGAGCCCAGAGCCGCUGCCGCCGCCCCCAGCUCCCCCGCCGUGGGGAGGGCUCCAGGUAACUGCAUCCAGAGGGGCCCAGAAGAGAGAGGAGGCGUUGCCUCCACAGCUGUGAUUGCCCCCAGGAUGCAGAGCAUCAAGUGUGUUGUGGUGGGUGACGGAGCCGUGGGUAAGACGUGCCUGCUCAUAUGCUACACAACUAAUGCCUUCCCCAAGGAGUACAUACCCACGGUGUUCGAAAAUUACAGCGCGCAGAGCUCGGUUGAUGGGCGCACAGUGAACCUGAACCUGUGGGACACGGCGGGCCAGGAGGAGUAUGACCGCCUCCGCACACUCUCCUACCCUCAGACCAACGUCUUUGUCAUCUGCUUCUCCAUUGCCAGUCCACCUUCCUACGAGAACGUGAGGCACAAGUGGCAUCCGGAGGUGUGCCACCAUUGCCCCGACGUGCCCAUCCUCUUGGUGGGCACCAAGAAGGACCUGAGGGCCCAACCUGAUACCUUACGGCGCCUCAAGGAGCAGGGCCAGGUGCCCAUCACCCCGCAGCAGGGCCAGGCGCUGGCCAAGCAGAUCCAAGCAGUGCGCUACCUCGAGUGCUCAGCCCUGCAGCAGGAGGGUGUCAAGGAGGUGUUUGCUGAGGCCGUCCGGGCUGUGCUCAACCCCACGCCAGUCAAGCGCGGGCGGUCCUGCAUCCUCUUGUGACCCUGGCGCUCAGCUUGGAGGCUGCCCCUGCCCCCCUACCAGUUGUGCCUUGGUGCCUUGUCUGCCCCCAGCUGUGCCUUAAGGACUAAUUCUGGCACCCCUUGCCAGGGGGCUGGCUGAGUCCCAUUUCUCUCUCAAUGCCUGUCUCAUGAAGGAGGCCGGCAGGGAAAGGGGUUUGGGGCCUGCCCCACUGCACUUGGGAACACCAGGUGUUCUCCUGAGUUCUCCCAGGCCAAGGCUGGAUCCCUUCCCAAGUGACCAGCCUAGUGCCCACUCCCCAUUGCCCCCUACUGACCAAUUCAGCCAGCUUUUCCACACAGGUAUUGCUGCCUAUUUGUGGUGCCUCAGGUUAGGGCCUCUCAGCCAUCCCUAACAUCUGCCUUUACUGCACUUGGAAUUGCCUUCCCUUACCCCUCAAUGGAAAGAUGUUCCUGAGAAGAUGAAUGUGCCCUAACCUGCCCCCACGUGCCUCGGCCUCAUGCAUCCGCUGACUGACUAGGUCCCUGUGCUCCUGCGGGCCUUUCCUGCCCCCAACAGCAUCAAUAAAACCUCCUGUCUCUGGUG